UUUUGGGGAUGCGACAGAUUGAAGCUCUUUCAGGCCCAGCACUGUUGAGGCACCCGAAGGCUGAGGUGAAGUGGAAGUACACCUGAAAGCGAGGUAUCGGCACGCUUAAAAUGUCGAUGGAUGUAACCUUCCUCGGGACGGGCUCGGCGUAUCCCUCUCCAACAAGAGGGGCAUCGGCGUUAGUGCUUCGCCGAGAAGGGGAGUGCUGGCUCUUUGACUGCGGGGAGGGAACUCAAACACAGCUGAUGAAAAGCCAUCUCAAAGCAGGCAGAAUAACCAAGAUCUUCAUAACUCAUCUUCACGGUGACCAUUUUUUUGGGCUUCCCGGCCUGCUGUGUACGCUUAGCCUCCAAAGUAGCCCUGACCCAAACAAACCAGCCGUCGAUAUUUACGGACCGAUCGGGCUGAGAAACUUCAUCUGGAGGACCAUGGAGCUCUCCCACUCCCAACUUCUCUUUCCCUACGUCGUCCAUGAACUUGUCCCUACGCGGGACCAGUGCCCUGCAGAAGAAUUUAAAGAUUUUUCUGAUUUGGCCAGAGACGAGGGACAGGAAGCCCAGGGGAGAAUUCUCCACCUGGAUCCCGUGGAAAACUCUUACUUGCUGUUGGACAACGAGCAGCUGCUUGUGAAAGCGUUUCGCCUGUUUCACCGCGUUCCUUCCUUUGGCUUCGUAGUGGAAGAGAAGCCCCGGCCUGGUAAACUCAACGUACAAAAACUGAAAGACCUUGGAGUUCAGCCAGGUCCGUUGUACGGGAAGCUGAAGAAUGGAAUCGCCGUCGUUCUAGAAGACGGAAGAACGAUUUCUCCUUCAGACGUCUUAGAAGACCCUAUUCCUGGCAGGAAAAUCUGUAUCCUGGGGGAUUGUUCGGGGGCGGUUGGAGACGCAGCCGCGAAGCUCUGCCGCGACGCGGAUUUGCUGGUUCAUGAAGCCACGCUGGACGACACCCAAGAGGAGAAGGCCAGAGAGCGUGGCCACAGCACUCCAAAAGUGGCAUCUGCUUUUGCCGAGCUGUGUAGAGUUAAGAAACUGGUUUUGACUCAUUUCAGCCAGCGGUACAAACCAGCUGCUCAGGUAGGCGAGGGAGACACCGACGUCACUGAACUGAAGAGACAGGCGGAAGCAGCGUUAGAUGGUCGAGAAGUAGCGGUAGCCGAGGAUUUGAUGACAAUAGAAAUCCCAAUGAAAAAGUAAAACCGGCGGUAUUAGGGAAUUCUGGGGGAAGAUACAAAGGAGGAGGGCUCUGGAUGGCACUUAAAAGCAACGGUAGGGUUUCUCGUACCCAAAUGAAUUCUCUUUGCUUUUGUAAAGCAAGAAAAAAGGAUACCGAAACAUCUGGAAUUGGGAAGAAAUCUGUAGGUGGCUGCUGCGGGCACCUCGCCUCUCCAGGGCAGGCGCAAGCCCAGGGGUUUUGCUUAGCCUACAGGUUCCUAGAGGAAAGCAGUGUCUGUAAACAGCCCUCUGGAAGGUUCUGCACCAGAAUUCAAAGCAUUUUCUCUGUUAGAAGCCUUUGAAUAACAUCUGUUUCAAACUUCUAUGCAGCACUUUGUAGCUAUUUACCUGAUUUCCAAGCAGGAGGGCUGUCGCUCUGAAACCAAUAAAGCAUUUCGGGCUCUGCCAAGUACUUGUAACCGGUGGCGGUGUUCGAGUUGAAGGCCUUUUAUAACACUCCCUUUACAAAAUCCCUUUGCAUAUGAGCUUUUCUCAUAAAUAAACACAAUUUGGGCUUCCUGACA